ACUGCUUUCAUCAAUGAGGGCAUCCUUCCAAUCGAUCGCAUAGAGGCAGGUACCGUGUUACCUUGGGUAAGGGCAACAGGAGGCUGGGACAUGAUGCGCAGGAUUGGGCUCGAGCUCAUUGCGGAUGCCAGAGCAGCCGAAGCGGCCAUCGACGGUGCUGCUGAAGCUGUGACGAUCGGGAGAACCGAGGCCGAAUCGGGAACAGAGGGCACUGGUGGGUUGACCGAGGCUGCCACCGACACUGCAACCGAAGCUUGCUCACUGGCCGGGACAGAAGAAGGGACAGAGUUUGGCACAGGUACCGAUGACGCCACAGAGGCUGGGACCGAUGGAUUGACAGAAGCUGGGACAGGUACCGAAGGUGCGACAGAUGCUGGCACUGAAGGAGCCACGGAAGCUGGGACCGAUGGAUUGACCGAAGGCGGUGAUGAAAAUGGGACUGAGUUAGGUGGGACGGAGGCUGAAGCAGACGGGUUGACUGACCCUGGUGCGGAGGGUGGGGUGGAAGCGGGUGUUGAUGGGCUAAGCAACGCCGGUAACGAUGGGUUGACUGAGGCCGGCGACGAUGGUGUGGCAGAGGCUAACGAGGCUGCUGCGGUUGAAGAGGGUGUGGCCGAGGCCGGGGCAGAGGGGUUCACUGAGCUUGGCGAUGGCAGGACUACAGAGGCUGCUGCUGAUGAGGGGGUCACCCUGACAGAGGCAGGAACAGGCGGAUUGACUGAUGCUGGUGAGGAAGGCUCAGCGGAAGCUAAAGCUGCUGGUGGGUUGACUGAGGCUGGUGAUGAAGCUGUGGGUGAGGCUGAAACUGGUGGGUUGUUCGAAGCUGGUGAGGAGGGUGUAGCUGAGGGGGCUGACACUGGUGAAUUAAGUGAGGCUGGCGAUGAGGCCGUAGCUGAGGCAGGAACAGGAGAGUCGGUCGAUGUCGGAGCAAGCCUAUAUACUGAAGCUGUAGCAGGAGCCGGUGAGUUGACUGAGGCUGGAGACGACAGCAUGGGAGAAUCAGAAACCGGAGCCACUGCUGAGACUGGGGACAUGAGACUGUUUAAUGACAUAGCCAGGGAGUUUACUGAGACUAUGGCUGGCAAAGAGCCAACCGAGGUGGGAGGAGCCGAUGGAUUGGCCAAUGCCGGUGAUUGGGCUUGCACCGAGCCUGCGGCUGAUGGCUCAGCGGCAGCACGUUCAGCGAUGGACGGAGCUGCAGCUGCAGUGGAUUCUUUGACGGGUGCAGUCAUGGAGCCAGGAGUUGAAGCCGAUGGACUGGCCAACGCCGGUGAUUGGGCUUGCACCGAGCCUGCAGCUGAUGGCUCAGCAGCACGUUCGGUGGUGGACGGAGCUGCGGUGGAUUGUGUGACGGGUGCAGUCAUGGAGUCAGGGAUUGACGGCAUUGGUGAGGCAAGGCUGGGCGGCUCAGAAGAAGCAGAUGGAGCCAUUCUCUCAGAUGCAGGAGGUGCUGCCACAGUGGAUGCCGGGGCGGAGACUAGAGCCGGCACAGGCAUCGAAGCAGCCAUGGCUGGGCCAGUCGAGGCGGGAACAGAGGCAGCUGCGGGUGGAAGAAGCCCAGAUAUAGGAGCAGGGACGAAGGCAUCCAACGAGGGAGCCGAGGAGGAAACUUGAUCAAGCACUGCAGGCGAGGGAACCUGAGAGACGGGAACAAGGAUUGACUCAGAGGCAGGCACGGGCAUUGGGGAG